AUGAGUCAAGAUAACCAGUCAGUGAGAAGGAGACCAAGCAAGGCCAGUACGAGUGCCAAAAGCGUGAUUGCUUAUGAACCAUUUGAAGCAUCAGAAAAUCAAAACGAGAAUCAAAGUCAAAUUACUAGAGGAAUACCCACAAUCUCUAUUGAACAAGAUCAAGAACAAGAACAAGAUUAUGAAGAAGGUGAAGAUGUUCAAAGACGGGAUGAAGUUGACUAUGAUGAUUAUGGUGAUGAUGGAUCUAUAAUAUAUCCACGAAUUACUAAAGAAGGUACAUAUGAAGAUAGUUAUUAUACAAAUACUAGAACUAAUACAUUUGAUCCAAUAAAUACAAAUGAUGAUAGUUAUCUUUAUAGAGGAACAUCAAGUCAAAUUAAUGAUAUGAGACUCAAGAAAUCAAAUACACAGACGGGGAAUGGAGUUACACCUGAUCGAUUGAAUGAUAAAGUCCCAUCAGCUAGACCUAAUGUUGAUUAUCAAGAUCGAUUAUGGACUCAAAUUGAUGUCUUGGAUGAUGUUAAAAAAAUGAGUGAACAAACCUCAAUUGAUAAUGAUUCAUUUUUCAAUGCUAAACAUGGUAAAGCAUUGGAUGAAUUAAGAUUAGCACAAAUUGAAUUAUUAUCCACUAUAAGAAAUUCAGAAAAAUUAAUUGAUUUAAAUAUUGAUCAUCAAGAUAUUUGGAAUUCACAAAAUAUUGAUGGUAUUAGAGAUAAGAUGUAUAAUAAGAAAUAUUUUGAUACUAUAUCAACAAGUGUGGAUAAAGUUAAUAAUUCAUUAGAUUCUGUUGGGAAAAGUAUGAAGACAUUGGAUGAAAUGUCUAAAGAUAUAUGGAAUAGUUGA